GCCCAAACCGGAAGGGAGGAGGAUAUGGUACCAGGUGGCGGACGACGAGGGAGAAGACGAGGCUUCGGAGAGGCUAUCUUUGACAUUCCAAGGGAUGGGGGUGGAGGAAUUGACUCGUAAAUUGGAGGAGGAGACCGGCAUUGAAGGAUUGGUUGUGUGCACUCGCAAUCCUCUGAAUGGAAAGCCUUAUCCGAUUCGAUUGCAGCUUCCUCCAAACAACGCAACUUUGAAUGUCGUUCUGGUUCUGAAAUCUUCCAAAUUGGGAAGUGAAUUUGAGAAGCAAGGUUUGAUAUAAAGAGGAGAGAAUGAUUGUCGGAGUUAAUGGAGUCUACCCAGAAGAUUGAAGAACAUAGGGAAUAUAUUUAUUUAGAAUGUACAGUAGAGUAUAGUGAGUAGCUGUAAAUUGGUUAUUGCUUGAUUAUUCUUGUCGGAUUUUUGGUACGUUGAAUUGUAGUGUGUAUACUGUUAACUAUUGUGUUUUCUUUUUGUACAUAUAAGAAAGAGAGAAUUAAAUUAUUUAA